GGAAGGCAAUCGAGUCGGGAGCAGGCAAGGUCAGAUGGGACCAUUCUAGCCAAUGAGGGGGCAGAUAUGCUUGUAAAGAACAGGCACAACUCCAAUAUAUAGUGUUUUUUCAGGGAUGUCACGUUUCCUACUUAUAUCAGUACACUGGUAACAACCGCAGCAUUACGCACCUUCUAUUCUAUCAAAUAAGCCCAAUAUAGAAAAUAAGCCUUUACAUUUUUUUAACCCAAUUCGACACUGACGCGCCCUGACCUCCAUACAAAAAGUACUUGCUUGGUGAGCUGAGAAAAAAAACGGACAAAACACCACGUGCUGGAGGAGACAGAUUUUGGGCACAGUAAUCCCUCUGCUUCGCCUCUUACACCUCGAUCACACCGAUAGUGUUUAUUCAUUUCCAAUGGAACGUUGCGUCAGCAUUGCGUUGCAGAGGCAGUUGCAGUGCGUUCUGUGUGGUGCAUACGUUGUAUUUAUCGAACGUAUGCUAGACAGCUUGACAGAAAUGGUAGCAGAAGAUGAAUGUCCAUAUGAUGCUGCAUACCAUUUUGCGUAAUGGUAUGCAGCAUCAAUGUGUGCAACAAAAAUGUAACAUUCACCUUCUGCUACUAUUUCUGUCAAGCUGUUUACACAUAGUGUUUUGUUUGAUAAAUCCAACGUAUGCACCACAGGAGGUUGGUGGCACCUUAAUUGGGGAAAAUGGGCUGGUGGUAAUGACUGGAGCGGAAUAGGUGGAACGCUAUAAAAUACAUCAAAUACCUGGUUUCGGUGUGAUCGAGGCGUUAAUAUGGGCGCCUACGGUUUAGCAGGUGUUAUAGCAGAUAUUGCGAAAAGCUUGUUACUCGCUCAUAACAAUGCAGUAAAAAUGUCAAACAGUAUACAAAUAAUAUAUAUCUUUUUUUAAACUAGACGCGGAACUGUUAGGUAAAAGUUCCCUGUUUGAUGAGAUAUUGCAUAGUUUGAUACUUUGUCGAAACAUGUCAAACAUCCGAUUCGGUUAGACUGUUUCAGAAUUCUUUGAAGUUGUCUCUUUCUGUUGCUUAUGAAAUAUGGUAAUGAGGGAGUUCUAUUAACCUGAACGGGGCUAUUGCCAUGAACGUGACAUGGGGAGCCGGUGAGGGAGGCGUGCCCUGAUCGAUCAAAUCGAACGGUAAUCUGCGCCACUCGUUCAUAUUGUAAACAUUACAGCAUGCAGGAAAAAUACAUAUAUUUUAAAACUAGUUUUCAUGGUAUGCAAUCAACACCCAGUUCACCCGGGGCAUGAAUAGAAUCCCCCCAAUGUUAGUAAAUGUACACCAAUAAUAUUCGGUGUGACACAGAGCGCUCUAUGUAACAGUGAUUUCGAUUGGUUGAAACCUAUUGCAGGAAAGAAGACUUCUUACGUAUCAGGUCGAGUUUACUUUGAGGAACAGGAGGGACAACUUUCACAUUGCAUUUCGAUGAACGAGGGUAGUGAUAAACGUGGUUUGGGACUGGACUCAAGUGGAGUUUUCGUGACUUUGUAGGACCUCGGACCCCACGUUCCGACCAACGUUUUAUCGACCUCAGAAUAGCAGAGCAGAUAGCAAGGGUCUCUUUGGACAGCAGCAAGCAUGCUAACUUCUCUGUUCGCAUUUGGAACUGUUAUUCAUGCUUGUUAUGCGUAUGAUUUUUUUGAAGGUCGUGGUUAUUCGGGGGAGGAAAACUUAAACUAGGUUUCUUUUUUUUUUUUUUUUUUUUUAUUAAAAAUAACUAUGUUGGGGAAUGAGGGGAUCUAUGCAGCGAAGAAGAGGAAGAAACCCGUCCAGAAAAGUCUGAAGCAUGCUCCAGGUGACAGUGUGGUAAAGACCAACCCUUCAAAACGUCACCGGGACCGUCUGAACGGGGAGCUGGACCGGCUGACCAGCCUGCUGCCCUUCUCCCCAGAGGUCAGGGGUAGGUUGGACAAAUUGUCUGCCCUGCGGCUCAGCGUGGGAUACGUCAAAGUCAAGAGCUUCUUCCAUGCGACCCUCCAGAAGAAGUGUGAGUGGCCCGCCCCCCCUCUCAGUGGGGACUGGAGGAACGGACGGACAGCCACUUCUAUAGACGGAGUCAGCCUCUCCGAGGGAAACCUACUGCUGCAGGCUCUGAAUGGUUUUGUCCUGGUGGUCAACACUGAUGGCUCUAUCUUCUACGCCUCUCCAACCAUCCAGGACUACCUGGGCUUCCACCAGUCUGAUGUGGUGCACCAGUGUGUGUAUGAGCUGAUACACAUGGAUGACAGAGCCAUGUUCAGGUGUCAGCUUCCCUUCGCCCUCAAGCCCAACCAGGCCGACUCAGAGGCCGGACCAGAUGCCACCCAGUCUAGCAGCAGGCCCCACAGUGAGUCUAUGAGCUACCUGCCCCAGCACAUCCCUGAAGAGAACAGCUCCUUCCUAGAGAGAAGCUUCUGCUGUCGCUUCCGCUGUCUCCUAGACAACUCCUCCGGCUUCCUGGCGUUGAACUUCCAGGGACGUCUAAAGUAUGUUCGAGGCCAGGGAAGGCUGGGGGAUGACGGGGCCUCGGUCCCCGCUCAGCUGGCCCUGUUUGCCAUCGCCACACCCAUGCAGACCCCAGCUGUCAUGGAGAUCAGGACCAAGACACUCAUUUUCCAGACCAAACACAGACUCGACUUCGCCCCCAUGGGCAUAGAUACUAGAGGUAAAGUGGUGCUGGGUUACUCUGAGACCGAGUUGGUCACUAUAGGCUCAGGUUACCAGUUCAUCCAUGCUGCUGACAUGAUGUACUGCGCAGACAACCACAUCAAAAUGAUAAAGACAGGAGAGACUGGUUUCACCAUCUUCAGGCUGCUGGCUAAGGCAGGUGUGUGGGUGUGGGUUCAGGCCAACGCCAGGGUCGUCUUCAAGGCAGGGAGACCCGACUUCAUCAUCGCUCGACAGAAAGCCCUAACAAACGAAGAGGGCGAGGAGCACCUGCGUCAGCGGAGAAUGCAGCUUCCCUUCAACUUUGCCACUGGGGAGGCUCUGCUGUAUGAGUCCUGUCCCUCUCUGGAUACUGCCGUUAUGCCUCCAGGACCACCCAUCCCCCCUGGCCUCACUCCCCCAGGCUCCAGCCCUGAGGACAAGCCCCUGGACCCUGCGUCUCUCCUGGGGUCCCUACUCAGUCAGGACCGCUCUGUUUAUACUCAGCCCCAGGACGCUAACCCUAACCUGGACCUCCAGGGCUUUUCCCCCAACCUAGACACAGCCUUCCCCCAGGACCAGGACCCAGGCCUGGAGAGAGCCUUCCUGGACAGCCACGCUCUGCUCAGUGUCCCUGGGGAGCUCCAGGGGCCCCAGAGGCCCAGCAGGGGAGACCCCACAGCGCAGGCCAUGAUGGACUCUCUGGGGGAGAUCCUGGGGGAGAUGGGGGCGUGGGGCUUGGAGGGGCUGCAGGUGGAGGAGACAGAGCUGAGGGAGUGGGAGAGCACUCUCCUCAGGAUCAACAUGGAACAGCAGGAUGUGACGGGGGAGCUGUAUGAUAUCUUAGCCAAUGAUGUGUUCUCCUACGUGGAGGAGGCUCUGAUGAGAGAGCGUGAUGAUGGAUGUGUGAUUGGCAGCUUGGGACAGGGCACUGAGCCAAUCAACAGACUUUCUGCUCACAUCACUGCCAAUCAAAACAUACUACGUGGGUUCCCUCACUCCCAGAGUUCCAUAUUGCCAGGCAACCAGGGGUUCAAUGGCGAGAACGGCUCCCACAGUGAGAACCAAUGGCAGUUGGCUGGUCCACACAUGACCUCUAACCUCAACAGCUUUGGAGAGCAGAGGUUGCUAGGAAAUGGAGUUGUUGGUGGUGUGGAGCAAGGGCUGGGGUGUAGUCCUGGGACUGUGAGAGAGCCACGGAGGUCUGUAAACACAAACACACUACCCAGAGCUGCUGAGACCGUUGCAGGGCAAUGGACUCAAGGAAGCGGUGCGGAUCUCCAUGGCAACCAAAUGGUCCCACAACCAUCUCAUACUAUCAACCAACUAGAGUCCUGGAUACCCUCCAUCCAAAAUAUAAAUCAUAAUAACCACACCUCUCUCCCUGUCCGUCUCCCAAACUUUAACAACAAUAUCCCUGAGGCCUUUGACCAAACCAUGCAGCCCAGCCUGGAGUUAUACCACUCUGAGACUGGAGAUGCAAACAGGCAGUUCUCAGGGCAGCCCUAUCCAGGUCUGUCAUAUCAGGACCCAAGGCAGUCUUGGCAACAGCCACGGCAACAUACACAAUGGCAACCACGGCAGAUACCACAGGGUUUUCCUGCAAAGUCGGUAAACGGACAUCGUCACACACACCCCAAACACAGCACACACAUACCGUCCAAUAACGCAUCCAGAUCUCAAACACUCACACACACCACACACACCCCCUCAGGCAGCUGUAUGUUUGACAAGACGGCUCCACAUGUCUCCAAUCCCUCCAGCCCGCUUACAACUGCCCCAAGCAGAUCACACGGUCUCAUACCUGCCCCCACUCACAACAAUGGACCCAGACCCUCUCCCACUCUUUCCAAUGACUGUAGAACCAGCUCCUCAACCCAGGCCCCCAAAGUCUUUAUGACUUACCCUCAAGCAUCCAUAAUCCCAAGAUCUAACAACUCUUAUCCCCAAGACUCCAUUCCUGACCUAACCUACCCCCCAGCCUCCAUCCCCAUCCCCGCCCUAUCCAGAGGAGCUCAGACGGAUAAGGACACAGGAGCUAUCCCUGCCUGGUCUGGGGCUCCGUACCUGGGCAUGAAGCAGCUCCCAGGCCCCUUUCUCAGCCCCAAGCAGGUUCCCCAGAGCACCAGGGGAAAUGGCAGCUGUAGUGAUCCCAGUGAAGGAAGCUUGAUGCUGGGUCAGAGGGGGUUGGAAGAAAGCCUCCUUCCUGGAGGUCCGAUGCCAGGAUUUCCUCCUGAGAGCGGGUCUGUAGAGUCAUCUUUAUUCUACUGGAAUGGACAAACACAGGUCCCUACCAGUCCUAAUGGUGAUGCGGAUCCUUUUCUCUUCACUGGCAACAUCUCCUAGAUUCUCUAGGACUAAGAGGAACAUACAAGUAACCAUCUCCACAAUGGAUCCACCAACAUCUUCUGGAAGAAUACAACUGUACAAAAAACGGCACCUCUGUCGAAGACUGUUCCUUGGAGCUGGAUAAUAUUCUAUAUUAUAUUUAAUUUCCUUGUCCAGUUGAAGGGUGCUGCUUUCCAGCCAUGGACAGCCACCGGUUUAAUGUUCAGACUAGGGCUGUUACGGUGACCGUAUUACUGCCACACCGGCAGUCACUAGUCAUGACCGCAGUCAAUUUCCAUGUGACCAUUUAGUCACGCUAACUAGGCUUCUCCCAGCUCUGAUGCUGCUGAUGGUCAUAACUGCUUGGCACUCAGCACUCUAUUGUCCCUCUAAUCACUCUGGGAUCAAUGCAAAUGUAAUUGAAAAUCAAAUCAAACACUUCAUGAGAGACCAUGAGCUAUGGAAUUUCGUGAGAAAACAGAGUGAUGGUCUCUAUUAAAAAGAGGAGGAUCCCAUCAGCUUUCUAUUUUUCAACUUUCCUAAUAUUAAGCACAUUGCUUCGCUUUACAACAGGAGUAUGGCCUACCUGGCUGGCAUGAAAAUGAACCACGUAAAAGCGUCUUCCAUUCGCUAUUUAAGUGUAUAGAUGACAUGUAUUCUUCUCCCCUGCUCCUGUUUCGAGACAGGUGCAUGAUCAUGGUCCAUUCUAAAUCCAGACUCAUUUCACACAUAUAUUAUUUAGUAUAUGUAAAGACAAUAUUAAAUGAAGAAUAGUCUGAAUAUUAGCCUUUCACUUGUGAAUGAUGCCCAACGUGUUGUAAGGCAAGAAACAGCGCAUUCCUUGUUUGUUGUUGACUUUUUCAAAUCAUAGUCACACACCUCAUGUAGCCUAGCAACUAAAGUGGCCAAAUAACUUCUUAAAAUGAAGAACAUUAAUCCGCUUUACAACUGGUGUAGAGCAUACAUGGAAUACAUAGGCGGCACUGGCAUACAUAGGCGGCACAUGAGUUUCAAGUUUGGGGAAGAUAAUUUUCCCCAUAAAAUGCAUUUUUAUAAUAAAGCAUUACAUACGUAAUCGCAUUUGAGGUCACUUUUUAGAAUGGGGUUUUCCUGUUAAUUGAUUGCAUUUUGGAACAUUCAUGCUUAUAGCGUAUUGCUGUGUGUCCAUUGCUGUGCUUAUAAUGUGAAGAAAUAGCCUAAUAGUUUAUCAACAUUUUAAGCUAAACUUUCUGAUCUGUUGCAUCAGCCUCAUUGCUUUUAAAAUGUUUUAUUAAUUUAAUUUUAAAUCUAGCGCAUCCCACAACUGUCCCAGACUAUGUUUUGAAUAUUUCUUUCUCACAUAGAAUAGGUAGAUCAACUUCUGUACUAUGGGGGAUAGUAGAUUGACAUAGGCUAGUGGUUUUGCUGUUGGUUAGGACGACUCAUCUUGUUGGCUGAUGAAAAGUCAAUGUGGACAGUUCUUCUAACAUUUUCAAUAUGGGCCUGGGAAUUUGAUGAGAAGGAAGCACUUGCGUCCUCAAUAUGUCUAUCUUCAUUUGUAGCCUACUUCAGAGCUGAGAUGCCUGUGAGAAGGACCCGAUCACCGUGACGGGCAUUGGCUAAUAAGAAUUGAUAUAUCUGAGAGAGCCAUGUGAUUGAGAGAUGCUUCGGAGAGCGGCGAUUGGCAGCCGGGAGAAGGGAAUUAUAAUUAUUAUAUUCAGCCCAAGGGCAAAAGGCAUGAAUAUUGUUAGGGGGCAUUACGGCCACACAAAAGAGGGUGCUGCCGGGAAAUUCUAGGCCUGGUGAGAAUAUUAUCAAGUGCUUAUCAAAUUAUGAAUGAAGGGGCCUCCCGAGUGGCGUAGUGGUCUAAGACACUGCAUUGCAGAUUCCGGGUUCGAGUCCAGGCUCUGUUGCAGCCGGCCGCGACCGGGAGACCCAUGGGGCGGCACACAAUUGGCCCAGCGUCAUCCAGGUUAGGGGAGGGUUUGGCCAGCAGGGAUGUCCUUGUCCCAUCGCACACUAGCGACUCCUGUGGCGGGCCGGGCGCAGUGCACGCUGACCAGGUGUACAGUGUUUCCUCCAACACAUUGGUGUGGCUGGCUUACAGGUUAAGUGGGCAUUGUGUCAAGAAGCAGUGCGGCCUGGCUUGGUUGUGUUGUGUUUCGGAGGACGCACGGCUCUCGACCUUCACCUCUCCCGAGUCCGUACGGGAGUUGCAGCGAUGAGACACGACUGUAACUACUGAUUGGAUACCACGAAAUUAGGAAAAAAAAAUAAAAAUGUUUCAUACAACUUUUUUAAAAUCAUCAUUAGCCUUAGAAUGUAUAAAAAUCUAAACAUAUAGCCCAGCGUUUGUAUCACAACUAAAGUUACAUAAAUAUCUCUAAAUGAAGAAAAUAGGAGGACCAGUUUCUUUGUUAACCGCUCAACACAGAAUAGCCACGUGCGCACUCCCUCAGAAAUCGUUUGGUGAAAAUAUCCUUUCCAUUUUAUUCAGUUAUGUUCAAUUGUAUUCUUCAUACUAUAAAAUAAUGCCACGGAAUUCUAAGUAAAUCUUAUCUGCUAAAUGAACUUGUGUAGCCAACAGCCAUUUGGCAUAGCCACAUCAGGACCUAACAUAAGGACAACUCAGAGUAUGCAAAUUCUGUUCUUCUGAAAUAGACUACAUUUUCUUGAUGUUUCUAUAGACCUGUCUAAAAUAAAUAAUGGAUUUAUUGUGAAGCUGUAGGCUAUAUUACAUUGAUUUAUUAUACUUUUUUAAAAAUGUAGUUCCAAAAUUCUGCGUAAGUGGCUUGUAGGCUAUGUGUGGAAGCCAGGAGAUGCUAAGUAUGUUUAUGUUAAUUAACGGUCAAUCACUGUGAGACCGCCAGUUAUUUGCUUGACAGUCACCGGCUGAGGAAAUGUCAUGACCGCCACAGCCCUAGUUCAGACUGUGUGUUAGUGGCAUAGUGACUGCAGCUGAGGGUCCAUUCAGAUGGACAGAAGAUGUGUCUACAUAUAUGACAUUUCAUCAUCGAUACAGAGGACAUCACUCUCCCCACCACAUGACAAAGUAAAUUUAUCAACAAAACAUCUGUUUGAGCAGGAUCUGUUUUUGUUUUCAAAGUCAUUUUCUCUCCCACACGAGCCUGGCCAUUCUGUCCGCUCAACUUGAGUUUCUUGUCCACUUCUCAUCAUGUUUUCUUUUUUGUCUGUUUCCAUUCCAAGAAACAAGAUGGCUGAACCUCUAGCUUUAAAGACAGACAGGAGGUAAUGUUUUUUGGAAGUUGCAAAGGCUUUUAAAAAAUGUUUUAAACCCAAAUACUGCAGUUUGAGUAUGAGUGAGUGUCCAUGUUGAUACGAAGCAUCAAAAGGAGUGCAUUGUGUUCAUGCUUCAUCAUGUUUGUUUGUUUUUAACUUGUUUGGUGUCAUAUUGUUUUGGUCUUGAAAGACAUCCUAUUGUGUUGAUAUUAUUGUUUCUGUUCAAGCUUUAGCUGACUAGCCUGUAGCCCUACCAGGAAACAGCCUGCCUGCUGCUUGUGUCUGAGCCAUAGACUGUUUGUCCCAAUAUGUUAGAGAUCACAUAUAGCACUUAUAUAGUCAACCGUUGGCUUUAAUACAUUAUGGUUGCUUUACAUGUGUAACCAUUUAAAAUGACCCAACAAAUCAUGCUUAACGUGUCAUUGACUUAUACGAUAACUAUGUAUAACAUUAAAUGUGUAACAUACUAUAUAUGAAUACUGGAGGUUAUGAAUGGUUGGACAGGUUUCUAGCUAUUCACUAAGUAAACAAUUUGUACAUUUGGUGAUCAUUUUGAGAUUUUUAUAAAAGUAGCACGAAGCUGUUUUGAAGACACCAGCCCAGAUCCGCACUCUGUAUUUUGAUAUAAACAGUACUAAUGUCCAA